AUUCUGGUUGCAUGAAAAUUUUUAGUCGCAUUCUCCUUUUUCUGAAAAUGUGUUUUAUAGUUCUUACAACAAAUAUGAUUUUAGAAAUAAUCCUAAUGUUCACUUUUGCAAAUGCAUCUCAAGAUAUUCUAAAAAUCCAACCAUUUAAUUUUCCUUCACCUUCUGCUCUAAAUGAACGGGUUAGUACUACAUGCACGACAAGAGCGGGAGACAAGUUAAAUUUUCGUUGGUUGAAAAAUGGUCAAGAGAUAAAUGCUUCGGAUAGAAUUCAACUAAGAUCUUAUGCGGAUGUAUCUACAAUAAUAAUAGAUCCUUUGCACGAAGACGAUAGUGGAAAUUAUACUUGUGUAGUAACUUCUGGAAUCGCUUCCGACAGCUUUACGACGUCUCUUACAGUGUUAGUUCCUCCAAAAUGGCUUCAUAUACCUGCAGACAAAAAUGUAUUCGAAGGAAGUACUAUAACCAUUGACUGUUUGGCUUCCGGAAAUCCUCCGCCAAUUACAACGUGGAUGAAAGCUUUAGGUUUGAAUGAUGAAAAUUUUGUGAAAAUUCAUGCAAGUUCUAAAAGCACAAUUUUUGGAAACGGUUCUUUAACACUUACUGAAAUCGAGAAAGCCGACGAAGGCAUCUAUUCUUGUGAAAUUUCGAAUGGAAUCAACCAAGAACUAAAGAAAACGAUAACGAUAAGAGUUACAGCAUUUUAUAGAAAAUUUAAUGUACGAGGGCGCUAAGGCGAGUAUCAGUGAGAGGAC